AAACGCCAAUGACAUGAGCGUCCGCAAAGAUUUUAAAAAUAGCAGAGACAAGGACGCGGAUCCAAUCAGAAACGAUUUGACUUCUCCAUACAGUAACGUGACUUACGAUGUGGUGAAGCGAGAUAAAUACUCGUACGAGUCGAACGAAAACGGUUCUUCCAGCAGCGAAGUCCAAACGAAAACGCUGCUGCCGCCGCCAAAUGGAAGAUUUAAAAAGUAUAACAAUCAGAGGAAACUGAAACACAAAAUUAACAACGAUGUGGAAACCACCAAACAUCUUGGUGAAUGGUCAGUGACAGUAAGCGGAACAAACAGUUACGGGCAGUUCGCCCCUGACCUUGAAAUGUGCCUCAAAUUCCCCGAGUCUCAAAAAACCUACAACUGCCCGAGCCAAUCCGAUUCGGGUUUAGGCGAAGACAACGAAAAGCCACAAUUUCCAAAAAUAAGUACAAAACAAGAUCAAUACAAAAAUUCUCAGAACGAAAACGAAGGCGUUUUUAUGCAGCAGCGUCUACCAGAGAUCGGAAGCCCUGCAAAGACAACGAAAAGGCAGCGGAGAAGCGACUCUAGCAUCCCCCCACUGUCUUCCAGAAUCGAACCAAGACAAACUAGAACCAGCACCCGACGAUACAAUCUGAGCCGGCCCAAAAUCGACUACCAUAAAGUGGAUACGCCGAGGAAUGCGAUCAGUAUAUUUGAUGACAGCCACUAUGCCGAAAUUUUGAAACGUUUUCCCGAAAUUUUGAGCAUCACUGGAAACGGGAUUAAUCAAGGAAAGAAAUGAAGCAUACGUAGUAUACUUAGAAGUUAAGCUCGUUGUUAUCGUUAUGGGUCUAUAAUGUAUUUUAUAAACAUUUUUUAAUGCUGUUGUAUAGAUCUUAUUAAAAAUAAAUAUGACCUUUAUCUCCCAG